AUGCAGCCAGUACAGCCCGUCGGCGAGUACGACCUACACCGGAUACCACCUCCCUCAGGUCCCGGCGCGGGACCCCCACAACGGCCGGGGCAAUACCGCGGAGGUGGAGGCCGACACCGGGGAUCGAACCCGGGAUCUCUCGGAGGCAUACCCGCUAUAGUGAUCCCCGGGGUCGGGCAAUUACCUCCCAUCCCGCCGCACGUGGUGAAAUUCAUCCGCAAAUUUGGGCCGUUGAUCUUGAUCAUCACGCUGCUGUUCGCCGUGCAAUACCUUCUCCUGUCGAUCUACAUGAACGUGCGGCGAAUCAAAUCCGACGUGAAGGAACAGUGCGCGUCGCUCCAGGCGGAUCUGAAUCUGACUGCGUGGGGGCACAUGGAGGGCGUGCGCAACGAGAACUGGCGGCAGCACCGCAUGGGGGAGGAGGGAGCAUUGGGAGUGGGAGCCGGGGACGGUGUAACAGGGGAUGGUGGUGGUUGGGGUAGGGUUCGGUGCAACGCUGCUGCUGCCUCAAACGAAGAUCACAUCAUGCACGUGGCACAGGGCGGACGGGGUGACAAUACUGGGCGACCCAUCGCUGCACUACCCGCGGGACGAGCCGCACGAGCAAUCACGUCGUGCACGUGGCACGGGGCGGACGGGGUGACAAUACUGGGCGACCCAUCGCUGCACUACCCACGCGAUGAACCCCACGAGCAGUACGAGACCAUCAUCAUCCGCUGCGACCUGCGCGGCAAAGUGGUUACCAACCUCGGCGGUUACCUCGUGGUCGGAAUCGACAACGAGCAUAUAAUCCUGUACCGGGAGGAUCGGGACUCCCCGACCCACGCGCUGCUGUCCACGACCCACCCGUACCGAGCCUCUUUCUGCACGUACCCGAUUGCCGACCCUGUGGACGGGGCGCGGCUCCGGGAUUGGCUGCAUGUGCACCGGGCGUACGGAGCGGAGCACGUGGUUGGGUACGAUGCGGGCGGCGUGGACCGGGCGGCGCUGCGUGAAGUGAAGGAGUUUCUGGAUGAGAAGUUUCUGGAGGUGCUGCCGAUGAGGGAUGUCGUGCACUUCAGGGUGCAAGCGCAAGGCAAGCUCAUGGCGAUGCACGACUGUCUCUACCGCUCCACACUCACCUCCUCGUGGGUCUUAUUCCUGGACUGGGACGACAUUCUCCACAUCAUCUCGCCGCCCUCCCUCUCGGAGCUCCUCUCCCAGCAUCGCAACGUGCCCUGGCUGUCCUAUGGCUGCCAAGUCUGGGGCACCAAGCUGUGCAUGGGGACAAAGGUGAGCAGUCGCACCAAGGGCCUCAUGCCCCAGGAGCGCAUGCUGUGGCACUGGCCACACUUCCUGUGCUCUGAGGGCGACCCUCCCGUGGAAGCCAACUUCUGCCCGGGGACCAGGGGACACCGAUACAUCAUGGCCAACACUGGCAAGGUGUUUUUGAUGGGGGAGAGCGAGGUAGUUGAUCCAAGAACAGGAGGCGUAGACCUGUCAGUGGAGUCGGUGCGGCACGAGCGGUUUGAGAACGUGCACAAGCGGGGCGCUGACAUCGACUGGUGCUCGGAGGUGUAUGGCGAGAAGGACACUGUUGAGUGGUGGGUGAAGGACGGCACCAUGCAGACCCGCCUGGAGAUGAGGGAUGCUUUGACAUGUAGAGGAGGGGCGUGGGCAGGGGGGCAGGGGGACGGGGAGUGCGGGCCGGGAGGUGUAUGGGGAGAAGGAGAGCGUGGCAUGGUGGGUGAAGGACGGGACCAUGCAGACCUGCAUGGAGGUGAUUCGCAAGAAGGUGUAUUCCAAGGACUGAAGGUGGGGAGGGGAGACGGGGAGGGGAGACGGGGAGGGGAGAUGGGGAGGGGAGACGGGGAGGGGAGUGAAGAAGGGCAGGCCACAAAGGCAGAUGCAAGGAGGCCUGCCAUUCUGGCUGGGCCUCGUUCACAAGGUGUACACCGACACUGGGGAGGUGAAAGGAGGCAGGGGAGUGGAGGAGGGCAAUUGUUGAGUGGAUUCUAG